AUUCAUUAAAAAAAAAAAAAAAGCAUAACUUUGUCGGCCAAAUCUAUAGCAAUAAACUAUUAGAUUCUUUUUCGAUAUGUUGAUCAUCAAUGACAACAUGAACUUUUUGUUGGGAAAAAAUCGAAACAAGAAAGUACCAAUUAUUCUUACAAAUAUUUUGAAUUACUCAUUAAAAAACUGAUUACCAUAUUUCUAUGUUAAUAGUUAUUGUUAACAAAUGGCGAAUGCUAAUUUCAUUUGAAAAUAAAUAAAACAAUAAGUAGUAGGUUAUUUUUGACUUUCUAAUACAUAAGUGGGGUUAUAUUUUUGUAAAUUUUAUAUAAGUAUAUUUAAAUUAUAUUUAUAAAUAUGGAACGUUGUUAUUAUUGAAAUGAUGUUUCAAGAUUAUACGGCAUCACUUGAAAAACUACUUUAUACUGUAAUUAUAGACAAUAAUUGAUAAAAAAUAUAUGAAUAUGACUUAGUUAUAAUGAAAAAAAAUCAUAAAAUUAUAAACAUUAAGGCGUACUUAGAUGAAAUUGUUUCAUUUCCACAACGACAAUUCAUGCAUCUGUGACUUUCAUGAGAUCUAUAAAUUAUAAUUACGGAGAAACUGCGAAAUCCGAAAAAAUACUUGGAGAAAAAUUUUAAUUGAUGUAUCAUUUAUAAAAAAAGUCUGUAACCCGAUUGACACCGCAGGCUGUCCCUGGAAUUUUUUGCUUUAUCAGAUUUGUAGAGUAAUAUUAAUCUUAUCGAUUUUAAUAAGUUCAAUAAGCAAUUGAAAGGAUAAUGAGACUAAUAUUUAGUUAUAAUUGCGGUAUCGGUUCUAGCGAUGUUUCCAUAAUAUACUUAAUCUUUAUAACAUAGUUCGGUGUAACACGAAAUUAAUAUUAUCACGCUUACCAUAUGAGACUGUAUUAAAUCGAGUUGGUGCUGGACCAGGAUGUAAUUAAUUAAAUAGGGUAAUAAUUACGCGUGAACAAUACUUCAAAAGACCUUAAAUCCUUCUGAGCCUUAGACGGAUUAACUUUUUUUGUCAUUGCUUAUUUUUUUUAAAAUUACCCGCCUUCAUCAUGAAAUGCGCGCAUGCGCAAGACAAGUGUUCCACACAUAUGAAUAUAUAACUAAUUAAAAACUACAAAUUAACAUAAAAACAAACAAUUUAACAAUAGGACAAACACAAUUAAUGAUCGGACAAACGUUUAUACAUAAUUAUAGACCAAAUAUGAUAGAAUAAAAUUAUAAUUUGCAUAGGGGGGGCUAACUAAACAAUCAGUUAUUAUUUAAUUUUUUAUAAAUAAACAAAAUUAGGACAAAUAAUUAUUAAUGACGAACAUUCAAGGACAAACGACGAACAAACGAUUUAUUACAAUCAAAAUCCAAAAAAGUGUCAAAAAAAAAUUAGAAGGGGGCUGACUUUGCUCAGCUCAGAAUGAGCUACCAGUUCAAGCCGUGCUCUUUUUUUUUUUAAAUAAAAAAAAAGAAAAAGAAUGAAUCGCUUGAUAAGUUAUCGAUCUUAGUCUCGAAGCUCAGUUCUCGGAAAUUUGCGAUAUAUAUAAAUAUAAGAUUAAAAUCAGUAGCGAGUACAAAAAGUAGUGGCUCCAUGACAGCACGCAAGUGUCAAAGGUUUUAAAUAUUUUUUUAUCAGUUAACGAGUUUGUGACAUGAACAGUUGCUUUGAAACGUGAACAGGAUCCUGGUCCUGGUUCAAAUCCUGGUAUUGAUUAAAUAAAUAUUUAAAAUGGUACGAAUUAUUCCAGUGCAUAAUUUCCUGUCGCAAAAUGUCGGGCAGAUUGAAGAACCAACGGCAUCAUGCACCGCGAACAUCAUGGACCAAGACCUGCUGCUGCUGGCGCUGUCAAGUCACUGCGUCAAAGUCUACGGACUGGCAAGCAACCAGCACAAACUGCUGACGAUUUUUCCCACGGUGGACCUGGUCCAGGAGCUGGUGCACUCGGACAAGGGAAACUACGUCGCUACUCUGGAGUCCAAGAGCUCGAGAGACGGCGCGGGUGUCAACAACUUCGUAAGGGUUUACAUAAACUGGGAGAUGGCCGGUAACCAGAACCAGGCGAUGAGAGCCAGGAUUGCGGGACGAGUGACUCCGAGUCUCAACAGGACUCUCAAUAGUCUGGAGAUGAUUGAGCUGCCUCUGAAUCGACAGCCGAGCAAGAUCGCCUGCUGCCAGACCACGGGGAAUUUGCUGGUGGUGAUGGAGGACGAGGCUGUCAUCCACGAGCUCAAAGUCGAGACUCAGCAGACCUCCAAGCAUAAAUUUCUGGACUUUGAAGUAAGACCUUGGUCAAUUAGAUUCACUUUUAGUCCCAGUCAUGUUGAAUUCGCGGAGGAGUUCAUUUCUGUGAUGAAUUCCUCGUACUUUAUGCUGAUACGCCUGACCAAUAGAUUCCACGAUGACAAUUUUAUUUCUGAUCGCAGCGUUGAUAAAAUUAACAUCAACAGUUGCAGAAGCAGACGGCGCUCGCAUCAAAAUAGUUUAACUAAAGACGUUAGUUUAGUAGCUAAUAAUAAUAAUAAUAAUAAUAAUAACAAUAAUAAUAAUAAUAAUAACAAUAAUAAUAACAAUAGCAGCGAAGAAUCAAAAGCCAGAGUAAAGAAAGUUGAUUUUACAAAAUCAAUCGUCAACGAACGCGAUUACAUCGACUGGGACCAGCUGGUUCUCAACGAAGCUGAUGAACUCCAACGAAUAAAGUCACUGGGUCUUGUAAAUCUCGAAGAUGAUGAUGAGGACAACAACUUUAACGUCUGCUUGCCUUCAGUGAGAUCUGACCACUCUCAGAGCCACUACAUCCUGGAUCCCCCGAUCUUCAGAGCCGCGGAGAUAAGCGCCGUGGUCACAACGAGGUCAAAUGAGGACGGCUGGUCCGAGAAUUACAUAAUCGAGCACUUGCUGAGACUGAAGAUAACUGAGGCCUCUGCUCAAGACAUCGGGACCGAGUACUUUACUAGUUCGAUAUUGAAACCUUCGUACAAACGACAGAAGACAUCGAUAAGUAGCUUUAAAAAAUCAUUACUCAAGUCCACUAAGUACAAUAUAUUCAACGGAGUGACUUGCCUGAUCUGCACGACCCAGGAGGGGUAUCUUUACAAUUUUGCACCCUCUAGUUGCGAGGAGGUGUCGUUUGAUGUCAGCAAUUGCCAGAUUUACCCAUUUACGGCACCGGUAAUCCACGUGGCGCUAGAAAAUACUGCACUGCACGCGCUGACUGAAGCCGGACUAGAGUCCUACACUCUGAGGAUCCAAGGUCUCUUCAAAACUGAUGAUCUCAAAGUCGAGUCGAGUCUCACUGAACCUGGACCGGUUUCCCUGAUAGGUCUGAGACCAUUUCUGGGUGUUAAAAAAUUACUGCACGCUUCUAAAUGUCUUGUACUGCUUGCCAGUGAUGAAGACACUUGGACAUUUUACUCUCUGAAUUUACCGAAUGCUGAAGAUGUCUAUCACGACAUACUGAGCGCGGCUAAUAACCACAAGACGACAAGUCCCAGUACUUAUAAGCACUUGCUAGGAGAAGCCAACACUGUGCUGAGACUCGCGAAGGAGAUGAUUUAUUACACCUCCGACGCGGCGUUCUUCAGCAGCAUCAACGACAUGUCCAAAAGCCACCUGGACAACUUGUAUCUUCAGUCUUGCGCGCUGUUGGCUGACCACUACAUGUCCUCGGAGUCUCCAAUGGACUGGAGUCGUAGCACCUGGUACUACAGCCUAGCAGGACUCAAAGCUCACGAUGUUCUUUCUAGAAAAGACGUCCAGCGUGCUCCGGGGAUGGUUACAUUUGUGUCCGAGUGUCUGCUGAAUCUACAAGCUGGGACGGAAGCUGAUACUCUCUUCCAGGAGCACAAUAUCGUUGAGGUUUUGGUCAAAGCUGAAAAAAGUGAUCUAUUGAAGCUGAUACUGGCUAGUCCUGUUCUCCGGGAGUAUGCGACAGACAAGCUGAUCAAUGUCAUAUCGACUUGGGAGCCAGAUGACAUGACUUGGCUGUCUCUGGUGCUGCUCUACACUCAGGCGGACAGACAGCAUCAAGCUGAACGUGCUCUGGAGCCUAUUUCUGACAGAUUCAUCAUGGAGAAGAUACUUGCCAACUGGUCCUGGUUGUUUGACGUCAUCAGCGCGAAGAAGAGCAAUGCGAUGCCGACUUUCUCGGAGUUUGCUAGCACCCUGAUGAGACUUAAGCUCAAAGUCUUUGCUGAAGUGUUGAGUAAAAUCGUCGAGCGAGAUGCUUUGACUCUGGACCAGAUGAUCCAGAUUUUCUUGGCGUACUUGCCCUCACGAGUUGGCAGAGACGGAAGAAUUGCCGGGAACGCGCUGCAACUCUGCUUGGAAACUUAUCUCCAGAGUUAUUAUCAAGAGGAAAAUAAUUUAACGAGGGGAGAUGUUGACCUGGCGAUUGUCGAAGCAUUCAAAAUACUAGUGAGAUCUUACUUAGCUGAACUCACACAAACAAACGGAGUUAAGCUCAAUGCUGAUACUCAGAUACUGUUUGGAAAAUCCAGGCCCCGCUUUCUUGACCACCCUCUGCUCUACGCCAAGGACAAGGCUAAAAUCAAGACCAAGGAAAGACUCCCGAGAGUUUCUGAUGAUUCAAAUGAAAGUUAUCGUGAAAGUAUUAGAUCUGAGGUCGCUAAACUCCAGGCUCUGCUGGCCAGCGGAUUCCUUCCCGCCGAGUGUUAUCAAGAGGUCGAGCACUUCCUGGAGAGCCAGAAAAUCGAAGGCAGUUUGUCGUUUAAAAUUCUCUGCGCUCGUGACACUGACCAAGUGAUCCAGAUGCUUGCUGACGAAUGUCCCCAAGUUUUGCUUGAUUACGCCAAAGAUAAAUAUACCAAAGAAUCGGACUGGAAGUACUUUAUACAAUUUUUGCUGAAGAAAAUGCUUGAUAAUCAAAAUAAUAAAAGUAUUUAUUGUGUUUAUGAUGAUUUAUUAAGAGAAACGACAAUUCACAUCGCACAGACAUUGUCAAUGAGAGGAUUGAAACGUAUUUUACCAAACGACAGUCUACAUAUAUUACAACAGUACAUUGACACAAGUAACCAAGUGGUACACGCAGAUUAUAUCAAGACAAUGAUUAUCGGCACUGGUCAGCACCUUCUAUGCAAUAUUAAUUUCUAAAUUAAUAUUAUUUUCUGUGAUUAAUAAACUAAUUUAUUAACAAAAAUAUAUCAAAUUAUUAAAUGAAAAAAAAAAAAUUAAAAAAAAAUAUUUCAUAGAAAUU